GCGGCCCAUGGAGCGACCAGACCGGGGCAGAGACACCACACUGCUGAAGAACCAGCCGUACGACGAGAGCCUGGAGGUGAUCGACUCCGAGGAGGUAGCGAGCGUCUACAGCCCGCCUCCCCACAGACCGCGACAGCCAGAGUCUCAGAGGAGCAGGAAGGGGCGUGGCCUCAUGGCAGCCAACAGCGGCAGUGACGAGUUUGAUGAAGACCACAACGAGCCACCAGGCAGGUCUGGGGUCGGUCCACACGAGGAGGACGACGAGGACGAAGAAGAGGAGGAGGAGGAGGACUCCGAUGAAGAGGACUCUGACGAUGAUGACGAGCCCAGCAAGGCUCCAGAGGGGGCGUACGACCCCGCAGACUACGCCAACCUGCCCGUCAGCACGGAGGUCAAAGAGCUGUUCCAGUACAUCACACGCUACAGUCCUCAGUCCAUAGAGCUGGAGCACAGCCUGAAGCCGUUCAUCCCGGACUUCAUUCCUGCUGUGGGAGACAUCGACGCCUUCCUCAAGGUGCCGAGGCCGGAUGGGAAAGCAGACAACCUGGGUCUGUUGGUUCUGGACGAGCCCAGUGUGAAACAGUCGGACCCCACGGUGAUGUCACUGUGGCUGUCAGAGGAGAGCAAACAGCACGGAGCCACUGAGACGUCCUCGUCCUCUCCUGCCGUCUGCAGGGAGUUUGUGUAUGUGGUGGACCUGCAGCGCUACAGCAGAGACCAGGGGUCCUCGGUCUACUUCCCCCAGGCUGUCCUCAGCGGUGAUGACCUGUAUGAUGUCACGCUGACCGACGGGGACUGCAGGCUUCGUGUGACGCUGGAUCCCGGUCUGAACCGGCUGGUGGAGAGGAACGUCUUGCAGCCCGGGUCGGUGCUCCGUAACGCCAGCUUCACCAGCGCCAUGGCCGCUCAGCUCCCAGCAUGCCGCAGGGCCUCUGGACAGACAGACAGCUACAGGCUGCUGAGGGCGGAGGUCGCGGACGGGGACGAGGACGACGCGGUCGGGGGGCUCGAGGUGGACUCGCUGCCCUGGUUUGGAUCGUCAGAACCCGCAGGUGCCCUGCUUCCUCUCAGAGCCAAUCGCAGCCUGUUUCUCCCUCUGUGGAACACUGUGGACUACAGCGGGCAGGUGUGGAGGGAAGCUCCGCCCACUGAGGAGGAGGACGAGGAGGAGGACGAGGAAGCAGGACGUCACGCCUCACAUGUCAGCGUAACGCAGCUGCGCGAGUCCUUCCUGUCUGGUCGUCGGGGUGUUGCCAAGGGCGUCAUCCACCAUCAGCUGAUCGUACGCAUCAUCAACAAGUCACACCUGAUGUAUUAUGGGAGAACAGACAGGAACUGUGAAUGUCCAUAUAAGGCUGUGCUGGAGGUGUGCGACCGGACAGGAAGUGUGUGCGUGGUGUUGUGGAACAGUAUGUGUGUCAGGUGGUAUCGCAGUCUGAAGCCUGGUGACAUCAUCAGCCUGAGACACUACAGAGUCAAACAUCAUUACCAGGCUGAGCCCGAUGACAUCGAAAUCAGCGUGAACAGCAGAAACCCUGCAGCUCACAUCUGUGUUCUCCCAGAAUCCUCUGUUUCACCUGAAUGUCUCCCACCUGCACCCACCUACAGCUUCUGCACCAGUCAGGAGAUCCUGGACUGUUGUCAAGGCGUUGUGUGUGAUGUCAUCGGCCUGCUGACGUUCACAGGACGACCUGAGCGAAUCAGGAGCAAGGGUGGGGGUCGCCAUGAUGGCAAAGGGGCGGAGCUUUUGGAGUAUCGUUGGCUGCGGUUGGAGGAUGGGACCAGCUGUCAGCCAAUCAUGGUGAAGCUCUUCUCCACAUCUCAACCUGAAUCGCACUGCAAACUCCACCCAUUGUCAGUGGUCGUCUGUACCAGACUGAAGCUGGUCAGAGCGGCGGAUCGGAUGGGCGUCGGCUUCUACCUGACAAACACGACGUACACACAGGUGUACUGCACAGGACUGGGUCACCACUCAGAGAUGAGUUAUCGUAAGCUCCGCCCGGUGCGACACUUCCUCCAGUGGCUGCGGGGCCAGGAUGACGGCCGGGUGCUGAGCAGGGCUCUGAUUGGAGGAUUCUUCAUCCACCCGCCUCCUCCCGUCUCCUUGGAAAUGUUCAUGAAAGACAGGAGAGGUGAGCCCGGUUUCCUGCAAGGGGCGGAGCUUCACAGGGAGCUGGACAGGCUGUGUUACCGGGAGCGACGCACCUUCUGUAUCCAGGCCUCUGUUGCCAUGGUUACGUACAGCCACAGAGGGGAGGAGGAUCGCUGCUUGUUUUGGACACAUCGAGCUUCAUCUCUGUCCUCGUCCUCCCCCACCUCGUCCUCCCCUCUCCUCUUUAAGUCCUCCCCUCACCCGUCUCCCUCCUCCUCCCUCUCCUCCUCCCCCUCUCUCCUGCUGCCCCUCCCCUCCACCCCCCGCUCAUCCAGACCUCCCCUCUCCUCCUCUCCCUCGCUGUCUCCGACGUCUCCGUCCUCAGCCGUGAGUCAGCUGACGCCGCGUCCUCGGGACCAGCGAGUCGGCAGGAAGUCGUGGAAGAGGAAACAGCUGCUGCAGGCCGACACGCCGAAGAGGAGACGUCCGUCUUUCACCUUGCAGCCUGACGAGACCAGCAGGACAGUCGUCCUGUUCGAGGCCUCCAUGGAGUUUCUCGAAAACGCAAACGCUGAUGAAGACGACGACGACGAUGAUGCGGCGUCCUUUGUCACCGCCCCCCUCUCCCCCGCCUUCCAGCCGGUCGCCGUGGAGACGCUGCCCAUGCGUUACAACCACGCCCACAGGGAGGAGCAGGCGGGUGCCGUGGCGAUGGGGGGGAGGGCGUCUGCCUACGGGAAGUUUGACUCCGCCUUCGAGGAUUACUACACCCUGAGACUGAGAGCUCUGUCAGAUGCUGUGAUGGUGGACGUCGUCUUCCUCCCUCACUCCUCCUCCUCACCACCCGUCCUCCAACACUCCAACACCUGGACCUCCAUCUUAUCACAUGGGGCCUUCUCCUCACACACACCUCCACCUUCACCAGCUGACCUCAUCGGCAUGGCGGCCCAGCUGUCCAAUCAGAGGCUCGUGUGUGUCCUGGAGGCGUGUCACCUGGGCGGAGCCACGACCGAAGUGAUCCUGAGCCGAGCGUUUCCCCUGAGCGACUGACGCGCUCCGACCUCCUGGUGGCUGAUGGGAGUCGUAGUUUUCCCGCCACACGCUGACGCACUUCUCUGAUUGGUCAGCGGGAUGCUGGGAUGUGUAGUUCAGAUGUGUGACCUGCUCGGCCCGACGAACUCCGUGUUUCACACACUUUAAACAAUAAAGUGACACAUUUCAGUUUUGACGUGACGUUUCGCUGCCACAGACUGUUCCCGCAUGUUGUUUCUGUGAAUGUUUUCAUAUUCCAUGUGUUUGUUGUCUCUGUGGUUUGUUUACUUGUUGUGAGUUCAAUAAAUCCUCCCUCACUUUG